GUGGGAACUAAAAUUGUUGAAGGUCUGCAAGGAGUACUGGAGGGAACUGAAACGCCAGAGGUUAUGGUAGCCAUUGUUGAUGUUCUGAGAGAGCUAAAUACAAAUCACAGUCACAUCCUUGAUAAAUACUUUCAGGAUAUUGUUGACAUUUUAGUCGGAUGGCAUAUCGAUCACCAUCAGUCGCCUGAAGUCAUGAAGUAUGUAUCUGUGGCAUUAUCCAGUUUUUCUCAACUUUGGUUGAUGAAUGUUUCAAUAGCUGCUACACUUCUGUCACAAUUUGUGGAAGAUAUGGAAGAUUAUUGUGAGGACUUGGAGAGAGGAAUGUCUGGGAGGUCUUCCCCAGAGGAUGAAGCUUCAACAGACCCAGUUGUCUGUGCGAAAAAAGUUGCUGCUUUCAUAAGUGUCUUUACAACUGUGUUACAUUGCUUAGGACCUCAGGCAGACCCUACUAUUAAUCCUAGUCUGUCAUCAAACUUUUUGGUAGAUUCAUUAGGAAAAAUGGUGGUUGGAGCAACAAAAAUAUUAAAACUGCAUUGGGAAGAAGCUCUUUUGGAUGCCCUUAAUCAAGUGUGCAUAGUCCUUAUUCCUUAUAGCCAGACCAUGACAGGUCUUCAAGAUGACUUUUACAAAGUAGUUGAUCUGCAGCAAGAUCUUGUUGGACAUUUGUCAUUCGGAACUACACUCUCAUAUCUGACUCUAGUCAAUCAGAUGCUUAAGCAGAUUGGGAGCAGUCUGUCUGUUGUUUUCAUUCAGAAGCUACUUGGAGUAUCUUCACCUUUGCGCGCACUCCGGCUUUCUCCACAUAGACUAGUCUGGCAAGCUACAUUAGCAGUUUACCAUGCUAUUCUUAGCUUGAAAAAUGUCCCACUUCUUCAAGAGGCAUAUAAUUAUAUAUUAGCGGAUCUUCAGAUUGCACAUCAGGUUCUUGUCCCAAACUCAAAGAAAUUUUCUGCAUCUACUGUAUUAGAUGGGGUUACAUAUAAACAAGAAGAAGCAAUCAUCAUAUUAAUGUACUAUAUGACAGUUUUAGCAGAGGUUGCCAAUACCCGUAAUUCCAUCAUAACCAUGUGGGCUUUAACGCCACCUCUAGUUGACCUUCUUGCUACCCAUCUCACUCCAGCAGACCGUCACUUGGCACUUCAUUACCCAGAGGUUCAACAUGCAGUCUUGUAUCUUUUAUAUUCACAUUGUGCAAAGCAUUCACAUUAUGUUAGCUCCAGCACUUUAAUAGUUGGAGCUUCUUCGCCAUUUGUUCCUCCAAGCGUUUCUACAUCUUUUUCCGGUGGAUCUCCAGGAGGUUUUUCAUCUGGAUCAUCUACAAGCGAAAAUCUUGCCACCAUAUUGGUGACACUUACUGCAAUUCUGAGACAGAGGUCAGUGACAGGAGCCAACAUCAUACAGUUGUGUUUAGACUGGGCAGCAGAUGUAGUCCGCAGUAGUGAAACUUCUCUACCACAGCUGAUGAAAAUUAAAGUGUUUACUGACAUGAUUGAUGCUGUUGUUCAGACUGGUUACCAUCAUCAAAACGCUGUGACUUCUUCUGUUGCUGCCUGUCUCUCAAAAAUAUUCGCCAUUCUUCCACCUACACAGAUGCAGAGUUUAGAUGAAGUAAUAAAGCUUUGUCUUCAUCAUGUUAGCCACAAUGACCCAAAUAUAUGUAGUGUUUUCCUCGAUCUGCUGGCAAGGUUACCUCUAAGUGCUGUUUCUCAUGCUCUCUGUAUGUCAAAUACUCAAGAUGAAAAUGAAUUUUCAGCAAACAAGAGUGAUGGUUCUUCAAAUGUGGAAUUUGGAAGCUUAGAUUCAUCAUCCUUGAAGAGCCUGGAACGACAUUUUGUCCUUCGGUCUACGUCAGGACACUUGCCAACCAAUGCAUUCCAUACCCUAAUGACAUUCAUCUUACAUGUUUCCCAACCAAAAGGAGAAUAUUGGCAAGAGGAUCUCUUUGCCAUCAGUCAGAGAGUGGAAAGAAUGGCAAAAGCUGAGGACUGGAGCUUGCCUGUCCUAGCAUCUCACCUUCGAACACUGCUAUGGAAGUGGUUAACUUGGGAACCAGCACAGCACUGCAUAGCCAACAAAUUAAGAACAAGUCUUGGUAAACCACAGGAUACAUUCACAAACAUUGAAGGUUCCAUUAAAAGCAGAGCCAAAGAAGUGCGAGAAUGUAAUCAAAACUCUGAAAAAAUUCAGGGUAGCAGUAAAGGAUCUGAUGACCAGACCUCAGGUAAAGGUAAUGGAAGUGAGAAAAGCCCAGCUGAAAGUUCAGAUGUCAAAGUGCAUUCCUUAGCUAUUACGUUGCUUGUUGAGUUUUUGGAGAGUCUCGAGAAAGCUAUGUUCAAUGCAAGUGAUGGAUGUGCUGUAGCCCUUCCUCCACCCAACAAGAGUGUGCGAGCCUUCUUUAGAACAAACCGUCAGACAUGUACAGAAUGGCUCAGUCGUAUCAGGGCUGCUGUUAUUGUUGUAGCUCUGAACUCAGGACGGCCAGAGGUAGCCAUUCGCCACUCAUAUAAACUGCUUCAGGAACUGAAGGAUAAUAAUAAUACUCAGAGUAAUGAUUUUGAAAGAGCUGUUUGUUACUGUGCUCGAGCAUUAUUGAUGGAGGGGAGUGAUGAGGGGGUUGCUGGUUUGUACUACUGGUGUCGUGAUCACAUUGGCCGGAGAUUCACUUGGUUAAAGCCAGCUAUCUACAGUGCAGGCAACAAGUAUGAGAAAGCUUUGAAGGGCUUCUUGCAGUUUCUAGAUGGAGGAGAAGAGGUAGAAGAAGAAAAUGAAAAAAGUAAGAGUGAAAAUGAAGAAAGUAGCUCUCAUCAUCCCUCCUUGAAUAAUCAACUAGAUAUCAAACAAGUUGAUCCUCUUGUACAGGAAUUCAUAUAUGCACAGAUUGCUGAAGCUUAUAGUAAGCUAAGCCAGUGGGGUGAGUUACAGAAGUGGACAAUGCAGGUGUGGAAUAAAUACAAUGAAUCAGAAAGCUCUGCAGUCCACUCAGGUCUCCUCAAUACUUACAAAGAUUUGUCCUAUGUUCAAGCUUUGGCCCAUUUUGAUUCUGCUGAUCCUGUUGGAGUGAUGACAAGUCUGUCUGGCUCUGUGAAUUUAGUUGAUUGGUCCAAAGGAAAUGAAUGGGUCAUGUGGAAGAAAUUUCAUAAUAUAAACACUGUAUUAUUAUAUUCUUUCACCUCCACGGUAUAUCCUCAGCCCAACACUUUAAGGGAAUCAAUUGGAAAACUGGUAUCAGAGUGUGAAGAGCAAGUUGAAUGGCUGAUGCAGCUGUCCACCCUGUCAUCAUACAACAAUUUACACCUUCAGUUGCUCCUUCUUCAUCAGGUUUUACAUGAGCUGAGAAGUAUCCUCAAUGACUCGGUGGGAGUUGGCCGUUUACAUGAAGGAUGGGAAAACACCAAUCUAAUGAGCCUUCCAGCAGAUCUCAUACCUCACGUAUCACGCUGGUCAAAACUCAUUGCUCGUCUUAAUCCUUCUAUAACCCCGACUUCAAUUACUAAAUUGGACUUGCUUUCUGCAAAGCAAGCUCGUAAGCAGGAAAACAUGGACUUUGCAGAGAGUACGCUCAUAGGCUUACUUGGAAGUGUAAGUUCUACUUUAUCUGAGUCUGUGUUGGAAGUGUUACCAGGAGCAGAAUUCAAUCCGCUGCAGGCAAAAUUACACAGAGAAGCAGCAAAGAUGUUAGCACACAAAGGAAAUGUCAGCCUUGGUUGCACAGUGUUUGCAGGAGUUGUUGCUGGCUUGAACCCAAGUUUGUCUGCACUAGCACAGACAGAUACAGCUUUGCUGAAAUUGCCCCCUAAUGAAGCUGGACAUCUUUGUGCACGUUCCAUUAUCACCCUUAAUAAGUGGUGGGCUCAAGAUGAGAAAAGAUUGAUGAUGGUGCCGGAUGGAUCUUCCAGUGAAGUACCGUGUUGGAUGGAUAAGUUAUAUAAAGUGUAUUUGGAAAUGAAGAAAUACUCACCUGAAGAGUUACAACCAUUAGCUGAUGUCAGCCACUCCACUUUACCAGUCUUAGAGAAAAAUAUUGGACAUAUAUUAACUUUAGCAGCUACACAGUGCCCAACUCUUCCUAAAGUUUGGUUCCAUGUGGCUUCGUGGUGUUUCAGGUGGGGAAGGAAAAUCUUGGAGCAUAAUAGUAAAGCCACCACGCAGUUAUCAAAAGAGGACCAAAGCAGAGUACAGGAAAUACUCUCUGUAGAUUCUUCAAUUGGCCAAGAUAAAAUUGAGGAAAUGUGUGGGCUGUUAAGUAGCUGGAGACCUGGACAAGAUAGUGAAGAUGAUGAUGAGGAAGACCUAAGAUUAGAAGAAGUCCAAGGUCCACAUCAGGUGGGGAAUCACAUAAUGUCAACGCUACAGGCCUGGGGAAUAAGUAGCAGUUUGGUUCCAGAUAUUAGUAAUCGGUUGGUAGAAGUUCAUUCUUCAAUUCAAGAAAGACAUUAUACUGUUCUCACCACGGCUGCUAGAGCUUACUUUAGGUUCCUCAAAAUAAGCCAAGGACACAGUGUAAGCCAUGCAGACCAGUGCACCAUUGCAACAUUGCGUCUUUUAAGGCUCAUAGUGAAACAUGCCUCUGAACUAAGGGGAGUCUUAGAAAAGGGCCUAGCUGAAACUCCGACUCGGCCAUGGAAAACCAUUAUUCCUCAGCUGUUUUCAAGACUGAACCAUCCAGAGCCAUAUGUUAGAGGUAGUAUCUCAGAGCUGUUAUGUCGGUUGGCUGAAGAUUUUCCCCAUUUGAUUGUUUUCCCUGCAGUUGUAGGCUCAGCUGGAGGAAAUGUAACAGCAAAUCAAGCAACCCUCACAGAUAUGUUAGCAAAAUACCUACAUAAGGGGAGACAUGUUAGGAAAAUAAAACAAGUGCUAGGUGAUGAAGAAGAAGAUGAGGAGGAGGAGGAAGAAGAGUAUGAUCAAGUUGAUGAAGACGAAGAGGAGGAGGAAGAGGAGGAAGAACUUCUCUCAGAAUCAACAGAAGAACAAGAAAGACGGACUCUUAUGAGGAACUGUUUCUCAGAUCUUGUAAACACUUUGACAAAGCAGAUUGGUUCCAGUAUCAGUGAAGUGCAGAUGCUUGUCCAUGAACUCAGACGCAUCACUGUGCUUUGGGAUGAAUUGUGGCUUGGCACAUUAGCACAGCACCAUAGUGAUAUGUCUCGAAAAUGUCAUCAACUGACUGCUGAAAUUGCAAGGCUGAACAAUAAUUCAUCGUUAAGUCAAACAGAAAAGACGCAGCUUAUAAAGAAAAAGUACAACAUAAUAUUCAAGCCACUACUUUUUGUAUUGGACCAGCUGGCUGAUAUAACUUCCACACCACCAGAAACUCCUCAUGAACGUCAUUUCCAUGAUACAUACGGUUCCCAGAUAUCUACAGCCCUCAGUAACUUAAGAGAACCUGAAAGUUACUUUGAUCCACAGUCAGCACUCUCAGGAUUAAAACAAUUGCACCAGAUGCUGCAGCAGCGUGCUCAUCGUAGAGCAUCAUCUACACUUAAGAUGUGUGAUGUAUCCCCAAAAUUAGCCAAUUUGGUGUCUACAAAAAUUGCUAUGCCUGGAGUUGUUUCUUCUUGUCAGCAGGUUGUCACAAUAGCAUCUGUGGAUGGAAGUAUUUCAAUAUUGCCAACAAAAACCAAACCCAAGAAACUAAGUUUUCAAGGCUCAGAUGGAAAAAAAUAUACCUAUCUAUUCAAGGGAUUAGAGGAUUUACAUCUAGAUGAACGUAUCAUGCAGUUCCUUGAAAUCGUCAACACUAUGUUGGCUAAAAACCAGAGAGGGAAAGAUUGUAUUUACAGAGCCCGAUAUUAUUCUGUUGUGCCUCUUGGUCCUCGAUCGGGGCUUAUUCAGUGGGUUGGCAAUGCAACUCCAUUGUUUGGUUUAUACAAACGAUGGCAGCAAAGGGAAGCACAUGCUAUGCUGCUAAAAACACAUUCAUCUGCAGUGACUAUUCAUCCCCAAGCUCCACCCCAAGUACCCCGUCCAUCAGAACUGUAUUACAGUAAACUUACCCCACGGUUAAGAGAGGCAGGUGUCAGCAUUGAUAAUCGAAAGGAGUGGCCUCUUGCCGUUUUACGUGAUGUUCUGAAGGACCUGAUUAAGGAAACACCAUCUAAUUUGUUAGCAAGAGAGCUCUGGAUGUGUAGUGUAAGUGCAGGAGACUGGUGGCGCCUUACUCAGAAUUACUCCAUAUCAACUGCUGUGAUGUCCAUCAUAGGCUAUAUCAUUGGUCUUGGUGACAGACAUCUUGAUAAUGUCCUUGUAAAUUUAACAUCUGGGGAGGUUGUUCACAUUGACUACAAUGUUUGCUUUGAAAAAGGCAAAAAUUUAAGGGUUCCAGAGAGAGUGCCUUAUCGUAUGACUCACAACAUUGAAGCAGCCCUUGGAGUAACUGGAACAGAGGGUGUCUUCAGGAGUGCUUGUGAACAGGUCCUGCGAGCUAUGAGAAGAGGCCGGGAGACAUUGCUAACAUUGCUUGAGGCAUUCAUUUAUGAUCCUUUGGUUGACUGGACUCCAGACAGUGAAUCUGGCUAUGCAGGUGCUGUCUAUGGUGGGGAUCAAGCAUUAGUUCUGGGAGCACGGCAUAGUCGACAACAAUUGGAGCGAGGCCUCACCCUUAGUAUGUUUGCAGUCCGAAUGGCAGAAAUGAAAGCUGAUUGGUUACAUAACAAAUUGGAAGUCUUGGAAGCUAUUCCUAAUGUAGAAGCUAAUCUGAUUGAAUGGCAGAAAGCUCAUGAAGCUUUGUCAGAAUCGGGUGCCAACUUACAAGAUGGGCAUCAUCUCAUGGCAAUGUUAAAGGAAGCGGAAGCUAAUCCUCAGCACAGCCUGUAUGGUCUUCGUCCACGAUAUGAAGAGUUUGCUGUUGUCAAAAAGGCAAUUGAACAUAGCAAGGAAUUAGUAAAUUCAAGACUUAUAGAAGUUAAACAUUGGCAUACCUUAUAUAUGAAUGCAUCUCGUAUAUUUGAGGGUGGACAGCUUGGUGAAUGGCGAUCGAAACUCAGUGGUGCUGGAAGUUUCUUAGCGAGUGUUUCACCAGUGAGUGAAUUCCUCACGAAGGCUGGUCAAGGACAGCUGGCUACCCAGUGUGAACACACUGAAGUGGAGCUUAGCAAAGUGGUAAAUCAAGUUCAAAAUAUCCUGGGAAGCAGCUUGGACCUUCUGGUAAAGUAUGGUAGUGUUUGGGUCAAUUACCCAGCAGACCACAUGUCUCACCAUCGUCUAGCUCAGCAACAAGUGUGGCUUACCUCUCUUCUUCAAGAUUUUACCAUCAAUAAUGUCCAAACAGUGAUAAGCAAGAGUCACCGUGAAGCAUCAGAUGCCAGUCUUGUUAGUCACGUCCGGAAUAUUGAUUUGCAGUUACAUAAUAAGGCACUACAAGUAACAUCCCAAAUUCAGAAGGUUUAUGAACGAAUGAGAGCUGAAGGCUUGAGUGAUGGCGUUGCAGUUGUUAACAGUGUACAUGAAACAUCCCUUUCUCUAACAAAUCUGGUAACUGACCAUGGGAUGUCAGGAGUAGCUGCAAUGACAUGUGCCCUUCUGAAUUCUCUUACUCAACUAACAGGUGCAAGAUUGCGGGCAGACAAAACAGCAGCAGGCACACGAGAGGGAUUAGUUGAUUUGACCAUUGGUGGCCUUUGGUGGUUGCGGGAGAGCAUGGUCACACUUGGUGGUAUGGUGGAGUUGGUAACCCUUCUCACAACUCACUCCCCACCAACAUUUCCUCAGGAAACUCCAGUUAUUCAAGCUAUAUCUGCACUCCAUGAUGUGUUUGCCACUCUUCACGAAUUGGUACUCAAUACAAGUGGCAUCAUCAUUGUAGAGGGUGUUCGUUUGUUUUGGAGAGGAGAACCUUCUGUGAUUAGCUUAGCUAAGGAUCUUCAGGCUGUUAUUACAAAUGCUCGCAUUUCUCCUGCAACACUUUGCCAGCAGCUUACAACUCACCUCCGCCAGAUGAUACUGUUGAUGCCUCCAAGACAUGAGGAAGCUCUACAAGAGGCUACAAGUCUUCAUAGUCAGCUCAUGGAAGUUAUUAACCAAAUCACAUCUGGAGGCAACAGUGAUAUUAGUGGUGAAAUGAGCCAAGGACAGAUGCUUCUCAUGGGUUUCCAUCUUUUGUUUGAAGCAGUUGACACACAGCUGGACCAGUUGAUGGAAGCAUUGAGUCUUGCACCUUUACCUCAGCCUUGGCCAAGAGUUGAUACUGCAAGAGAAGCAUCAGAGAUAAUGGCACCAUUGCUAGACCCAGCACUUCGUCAAGUAUUUAGAACUUUGCUUCGAGUCAAGAAAGUACAAACUAUUGUUGAAUUCUUCACCGCAGCAUAUCAGUCAUCACCGUCAUGUCGAAAAGAAGAAUCUUCAAAUGGUAAUGGAAGUAGCACUUUGUGUGAUGAAGAGAGACUACAGAGAAUUGUGAGACGAUACGCAAGUGACUGUGUUUCUCUCUUGCUUCUUGGGUUGCCAUCUCAUCUCGCAACACAUCUGUUAUUACUACACUGUCAGAAGCUUGGCAUUAAUGUUACAGGUUAUAUAGAAGCAAGAGAUGUAGGUACCGAGGGUCGAGUAAGUUUGGCAGGGGUAGUUCAAGAGGCACUCGACACUUGUAUGACUCAGCAUGGUCUUGACCCUGCUCUUCCAGCAUCUGCAGCUACAACUUUGAUGCAUCACCUAAAUGCUGUUAGAAAAAAGUUACUUCUGAGACAUUGGGAGGGUGAAGCAGAUGGACUCCGUACCACUCAUCAGCGUGUAACUGCUCAACACUUGGGUCAUCAGUGGUAUUAUGAAGAUAUUCUGAAACAAAAUGCUGUUGCACCAGCUGUGCAACCAGGUCGAGGAGCAUUACUUGGGGAAUUAAGAGGCAGUGUUAGUACACUUCAUGCACUUCAUCAAAAUAUUUCUGAGUUAAGGGAAAAGUAUACCAACUUAACUGGAAAUGUUGAACAACGCUUGAAAUGGGCUGCUGGUUCUAAUCCAACAAUUGCACAAGCUCUUGAGGAAUUCAGUGGUGGUGUAGAGGUUGCUAUUAGCAGUGUUAGUGAUCUUGUACAAAAAAGUGAAGAAGUUGCUUCAGUAUGCAACACUGUAUUACACUACGAAGCAUUGCGGACCCAUACAGUAGAUGCCAUCUCUUCGGAUUCUAACUUCACAAAAGUUUUGAACAGCUGUCGGGAAAGUUGUAUGCUUAUAGAAAGGUACCAUAAUACUGUAAACCCUCAAGAGGAAGUGUUAGUUUCUCUAUGUCCCCUUUCAGGUGAUAUCAGUACAAAAUGGAUACAAAAUGCCUCUGUUGCUGUAUCAGAUCAUAUUGAGCAUCUAACGAAGCUUGUCGGAGAACGAAGUUCAGAACUGAAAAAGUCUUCCGAUAAUGUCCGGUCAUCUGUUGUUACUGUGCGAACUCAUCUUACCACACAUCACAAAUUUAUGUCAGAUAUUAGAGCUCUACUCAAAACAAUGGCAAAGUUUGAAGAGGGUAUUAUUUCCGGCGUUGAAGAUUACCUGAUGCUUUAUCGAAAUUACUCAGAGUCCAUAUCCGGUCUGAUACGACAGAUGCUUCAUGAUCCUUUGACACCAGAUAAAUCUUUAUCAUACAUACAAAAACUCCAGGAUGUAGCUGGUCAGACAGGCAUGAUAUAUGAUCAAUUAGUAGACUUUGGAAAUCAGUGUGUUGUUGAAGAAGCUCAAGAAGAGGAAGAGGCCCACAGAGAAGGCAGUGGUGAACCCAGAAGACCACCACUUCUUCGUCAAAGUAGUAUCGUCAUGUCACCUGCAAAAACUUCUACCCCAGAUUCUAGGACUAAAAUUAAAAGACAUCCUUUAACUGGAAAAGUUGUCCAGGAGCACAAUGCUUAUGCUUUAAAUGUAUGGAGACGUGUAAAAGUGAAAUUGGAAGGAAGAGAUUUGGAUGCAACAAGAAGAGCAUCUGUUUCAGAGCAAGUGGAUUACACCAUUAGGGAAGCAACAAACUUGGAUAACCUUGCUACGCUGUAUGAAGGAUGGACGCCAUGGGUCUAAACCACGUUUCAUACAAAAGUAAUUUGACAAUGCUGUAAGAAUGAAUGUGCUGUGACUAUAAACUAAAAUUAAAAUGUUGGUCU